AUGCCAACUUUCAAGGUCUCCGUCCCCGCGAAAGGGAAGUUGGGCAUCAAACUGAAAGAUGGCCCUGAAAUGGGGAAUGUAGUUAGACUCUACAAGAUUCUGGACGAGUCGGUGAUGGAGGGGAAACUGUGCGUGGAUGAUGUAAUAUUGAGUAUGGGGGGCACAAAAGUGUCAAGAAUAGAAGAGCUCCUUCCCUUGGUCAAAACGUUAGAAGGCGAGUCUCGGUACUUUAUGGUGGAGAGGGAAGUUGAGCAAGAAGAUGAAAGGGACGCCGAGCCUGAAGUUGCGACCGAACCUGAGAAAGAUCUUGAACCUCAGGUUGAUCCGGAUAUGAUUCGCCUUGACGAAGAAACAGGGGUCGAAAAAUUGAAGAUACCACAAGGGUCACUCGGGAUUCGUCUCGACAAACGGCACAAAAUAUUGGGGGUUCUGCCAAACUCAGCAUUAAUGGACAUGGUUUUUAAAGAUGAUCGCAUCGUCAGCCUCAAUGAUACUGAUGUGUCAAGCAUGUCGACAAAAGAGUUUGUGAAGUUUCUUUCCGAACACAACGUCGAAACUAGAGUGCUAGGUAUCAAAAGGGCUCCCAACUCACCACGACAAGUACCGGUCCCUCCUGUAGCACAAGUUGGGCUUGUACUAAAGAAUAAUUCACGUGGUUGGAUUAAGUGCCUUGAUCUCCUUGACAGUUCCCCUCUAAAGGGAAUAGUUUUUCCAGGUGACAGAGUCGUUGGUGCUAAUUGUCGCAAGGUGACAACAAUAGAGGAACUAAUGCCGUUGAUGAAAGAUAAGCAACAUCGUGUCCUUACAGUUGUCACUCCAAAACAACCGGCAACCGGAAAUGGUAGCAACAAAAAAAGGAGUCAUCAUAGGACGUUAACUACAAGACAUCCGAAGAGUUCAUUAAAGGCCAAAUCUGUCUCAGAAGAAUCUGCUAUGAUUACUUCCUAUAAGACUGUAGGUCAAGAGGUGUUUGUCAAUGUGGUUGCUCCGAAAGGGAAACUAGGACUCAAGCUCGGCAAAAAUCACGAAGUGGUGGAUCUGUUACCAAUGUCGCCACUUGCUGGAAAGAUUUUUAAAGAUGAUCGUGUCGUCAGUAUUGAUGAGGUCGACAUUCGUGGAAAGGAUGCUUCAAGCCUUGCGGUCCUGCUGAUGGCCUCUCAACAUAGAGCACGGGCACUCGGUGUUCGAAGGAAGUCAGGGAAGACCAUUAAAAUCGCGGUGCAAGAAACAAGAACGCGAUCAAUCGAAGAAAUUCACAGAGAAGAAUUUGAGCAACGAUUUCCGACUUUGUGUGAGUUUGAUAUGCCUAUGGGGGGAGGGGCAACAGAUACAUCCACCAGGUGCAAAAUCUUGUCUGAACUACUGGCCUUUCAUGAAUCUAUUGGAUUGCCAAACGACAUUGAAACAGAAAAUGGCUCAUUUUGCCACGUCAUCAAGAUACCAAAAAAAGGACUCAGCAGAAAGGGGGAGCUGAUGAACAGUCUCGAUGACGUGAUGGCAAGUUUGGAUUCCAUAUGUGGUAGUGAUAACGAUGCAUCUGAUUUACUCCUGGAAUUCUUGGCCAACAGAAGCCCCAACUCAUUUCUGAAACACAAGAGCAUUGCCGAAUCGCGACCUACGAAGCGAAGGAAAAUUGAAGAGUCAAAAAUAGACCCCGAUCUUCCCUUUGAUGAUUCGCGAAAACGGGCUUCAGGUGAUGAUGCAACAGAUUCCCUGGCACGAAUAAAAAAUGGACACCAGCCAGUUGCCCAAGUUGGAGAGGGUGUAGCAGGAGUAGAAAACUCCGCUGAGUCACUGACCGCCAGAAGUGGCGAGGGUGAACCAGAUCCAAACCCAACAAUAGAAAAUGACACCGGCUCAGGUAUAACAGAUUCCACAGCGAUGGAGAAUGACAGCGAGGCAACAAACCCACUGAAAAGGACGGAGAAAAGUGCCGAACUAGGUGUAGGAAAGGGUGGAAGAGUGCCAGAUCCACUGGAAAGGAUAGAUAAGGGAUCCGUAGCCAAUCCGUUGAAAAGAAUAGAAAAGAGCACCGCAUCGGGGGCUACAGGAGGUGAAGGUACGAAUGGUACCAUCGAGUCAAAUGCUGCGAGAAAUACCAAUGAGCCACAAUCAAAAAACGUGGACAUGGUUGAUGAAGCGACGGAUCCAAUUACUGCAUCCAGCAGUCCGCAACAAAUGAUAACAAAUUAA